GUCAGUGGGUGCGGGCCGCUCUCCCGGCCGGACCAUGGUGCGCACCAAGGCGGACAGUGCGCCCGGAGCCUACCGCAAAGUGGUGGCGGCCCGAGCUCCCCGCAAAGCCCUCGGCUCCUGUAAUUCAGCCAACACUUCCACCUCCCCUUCAGCACGGAAAGCUGAAAGCAGAUAUGCGGGUGGGAAUCCAGUAUGCGUAAGGCCAACACCCACCUGGCAGAAAGGAAUUGGAGAAUUCUUCACCUUGUCACCCAAGCAUUCAGAAAAAGAGAAUCAGAGCCCUAAAGAGGUUGAGCCAGGAAGCAGUGGCCUAGGAAAAGCUACAAGGAAAACCCGGCCUUUGCCUCCGGAUCCUACAGAGGAUGAUGAUGGUGCAUGUCCCGAUGAAGAUUAGAAGAUUCUUUAGUUUGCUGCUGCUAAUAGCUCUGCUUAAAUCUGUAUUUUCGGCUGUAUAUUUAUGUAUAUAUAUUCGCAGUUGCUUUGGUUAGUUUUGCUGUACAUAACUCAAAUGAAAAAGGUAAACUGGACUUUCAACACUUUUAGGAACUUAAACCAAGUAGCUUUCGAGUGUUUACUUCUAAGAUUAAUAUAUACCUAGAGCUUGGCAUUCAGUGUAAUACAGGAUUUUAUUUUCUACUUGGGUGAUGAACUCAUCUUGCUUAAAUUAAAGCCAUUUCGCGUGGUGUUUUCUAAGUACUAAUCUCCAGUAUUUAAGGCUUGCUUGCUUUUACCAUUUUUGUCAUAUUUGUUAAUCGAAAUAUUGUGCCAUAUAUGCCUGUUAGCUUAAAAAGCAGUAUUUUUAAAAAAAAUUAAGGUACUUUGCAAAGUCAAAAAGAUUUUACGUACUGAAUUCCCUGAAUUGAAAGCAUGGCUAUUUUUAUGUUUUCUCUCAGGAAUGGGUUAUCUGUUGACACUGUCACAAGUCUUUCCGUUAAAUAUUUGAAGAGGUACUCUAUAAAGGGAUUAGACAAGUGUUCCUAGAUCUACCUCUGCCUCUGUCACUCUUCCUCCUUUUUCCCCCCUCUCCCUUUCAUGGUAGUAAAGUUUACAACAUAAAUUUUUCAGGUAUUUAUGUUAUGGCAACAGUCUCAGGAAAACGGUAAUCUAAGGCUAAUAAGGAAAACUGCUAGUAACAACACCACUGUCCUGCUAGAACAAUCAUUUUUUUUUUCUGACAUGUCUUAAAGACUUAAGCCUCAUCAGAGGAGAUGUGAGUUAAAAGUCCUAUUCAGGGUCCAAGAAUAUUUAAUCAUGUUUAAUAAAAUCACCUCAUCCUUUCCUCCCUCAAUAUGAUUGGUUUUUCUCAGUAUUGACUAGAAUUUUUAACUGAAUUACUGUAAUCUCUGUGAGUAAGCAUCAGGAAAUCUCCAUUCAAAAAUUUGAAGAUCUCAAAAGAAAACAGGUUCUGAAAACACUUUUGUCCCUGUUAAUGUUGACAGUUAAGCAAAAGUACUAACCGUGGGAUUUACACUGGAUUUACAAAGAAACAAAAUUUUGUAGCUAUGUAGAAACACUGCUAUGUUCAAUUUUAGGUGCCAAAAUAAACCGGAGGUUCACUCACUAUGAUCGGGUAUCUCCUGGCUAUAAAAUUGUAAAAGUCGAUGCAUGUUGAUGUUUGGAAAGAAAUUUUCUCUAUCAAAGAAAAUACCUGCAAUACGGGACCGCACAGCAACUAUCGGAUUUCCAGGUGUGUAACGAGCAGAAUUAAGGAAGUGGGUAGAGUAUUGUGUUAUAACUGGUAUUUCCUUAUUUUGUAACCAAGCAUUCUGCUCACUGACUUCACAGGAUCAUUAAUCAUGAUUAAUUUUGCUAAUUCCCUUCUUGCUAUAAACAUGCUUUGCAAUAAA